UGUUUUCUGUGUCAGGAUAUGAUGAUGGAAGACAGGAGGCAAAGCUCUGACGAGACUGCUUUGAUCCACUCCGACUACAUCUUCUUCUUCGGCCAAUGCCUGCUUUCACUUUUACUGGCCCAGCUCUGAAGUCAUGCAGAUCUCAUCUGCCCAUGGAAGCAGCUGUUUGACUGUGACCUCCCCUUCCUUUAAGAACACCCCUCGCUGCCUCAUUCCUCUUCCCACUCGCUUCCGCAUUGAGGCUUCAGGCUGACAUGGGGAGGCACUCUUCCUGCUACAAGCCGAAGCUGCGCAAGGGCUUGUGGUCUCCGGAGGAGGAUGAGAAGCUGCUGAAUCAUAUCACCAGAUUCGGCCAUGGAUGCUGGAGCUCCGUGCCUAAGUUAGCAGGUCUGCAAAGGUGCGGCAAGAGCUGCAGGUUGAGGUGGAUAAACUACCUGCGGCCCGAUCUCAAGAGGGGCACCUUCUCGCAGCAGGAGGAGGACCUCAUCGUCGACCUCCAUGCUGUCUUGGGCAACAGGUGGUCGCAGAUCGCGUCGCAGUUGCCGGGGAGGACGGACAACGAGAUCAAGAACUUCUGGAACUCCUCCCUGAAGAAAAAGCUGCAGCAGAGCGGCGUCGAUCCCAGCACCCACAAGCCGCUCGACCAGGCCGACAAGGCCUCGGGAUCGAGCGAGUCGAAGCUCUUCAUCUCCGACGGCAGCCACACUGGCUCCUUCCGGCAUUCCCCUUACAGCUCCAACUGUGGUGGCGAGGAGAAAGCGUCGGAUGGGCCUCUCUGGUUCGAGCAGAACUGUAGGCUGCUCAAUGUGAUCCCCGAACUGAGCUCAUUGCAGCUUAAGCCCAUGCUCCAUCUACCACACGACACUUUGCUGACACCUUCGCAGUUCUUGGAGGCUGGCAACCCGAGCAACAGCAGUGCGAGCAGCGUCAACGGCAGCAUCGGGGUCGAGUUGCAGAGCAGCAUCUUGCCAUGGCCAGAGCUGUUGCCGCACAAUCUUGAAGAAGAGCCAGGGGAUCUGAAAUGGUCCGAGUACCUCAACGGCGCCGCCAUUACAUCGGCGGAGAUCCGGUGCUCGUAUGGAGUCGGCAAAGGAGGAGAGGAGUUGGAUCCCUGGCACCAGGAUCAGCAGCUGCUGCAUCCUUCUCUGAUGCAUGGCAAGAACUUUCAGAUCCAGUAAACGAUGACUACAGCCUUUGAACACUUGUCAAGAUCGAAAACUCGACGGGAAAAGCUUCCUCAUGGAGCCUGUGAUGCAGUGAAUUCAAAGCCAAAAGAGAAGAAAACUGAGUUCUGGAUUCGGAGGAAGAAGUGUUCUUCCAAUACUUCGCUUCUUCUCAUGUAUACAGGAACUCAUGAUACAGUCGCUAGCUGUGUUGUCUGUGAACAAUUCGCCAGAGUUAAUCUGUUUUCUCGCAUCAAUUCAAUUGUCAUUCUAUCAUGUAAAGAAUAAAGAAUUCUGUAGCGAUCUGAAGUC